AUGCCGAAAGAGAAACCCGCUGACGCUCCGGCGGGUGGCCCGGCAGAACCGUCGCCGCCGCCCGUCGGGAGGACGGAUGAUAGUUCGCAGAUGGAGCAGGCCGCACGCGCCCAGUCGGGGCCCGCCGAGCACGAUCAGCGCGGCGCGGCGGCGGACGGCCACCAGGCGCGCAGCCAAGGCCACCAGCGCAGCAGCAGCGUCGAUUGCUCGUCCGCGAAGAGCGUCCAGCGGCCGAGAAGGGGCACUUCCGCGUCCAGGGCGACGGCUGGCGGUUCGAAGAGGAGGGAAACUACGGCCCGGGCGAACACCAAGGCGGGCGGAGUUUCCGCGGCGGGACCGCCCGACGCAGAUGCUGCUCCUCUCCUAGCAGAGCGCGGAGCGAAGCAGGCGGACAACGGCGACGGCGAGCUGUCCAUGUCCACGGACGCUGCGGGCGGGGAAAGCAAGGGCACCGCGGCCGCGCGGGAGAAGCCCAAGCCGCCGCAGCGCCUGCCCUGCCCGCGCUGCGCCUCGACCAACACCAAGUUCUGUUACUUCAACAACUACAACACCAAGCAGCCGCGGUACCUCUGCAAGGGCUGCCAGAGGUACUGGACCGCCGGAGGCACGCUCCGCAACGUGCCGCCGGGCGCCGGACGGCGGCGCAAGAAGACGGCCGCGAGCGCCCAGCACGCCCCGAGCGCGCCCGCCAAGGCCGACCCCGUGGCGCCGCGGCCGGACCAGGCCAACCUCGGGAACCUCCGGACCUUCGAGAACUACAGCAACAUGUACCUCGGAGCGCUUCCGUCGACGUACCCGGCCUUCGGGGGCAUGCCCGCGGCGCCCCCCAACCUGCACUCGCUGACGGGCGUGGCCAAGGCCUUCUCGGGGGGCGGCGCCGCGGACUGGGAGCGGCAGCAGGGCGGCGAGGGCUUCGGGAAGCAGAAGCGGUCGGCGCGGCGCGCGGCAGCGACCACGACCGCCCCGCCGUCGCAGCUUGCGGUGCCCGGCGCGCAGGCGGGCCCGCCGGGCUCGCCCGGCAACGUCCCGCCGGGCGCGGGCGGCGCCGGAAACGCCGCGGCGGCUCCCGGCGACGCGGUGAUGGCUGCGCCCGGGCCCGACGGGCAGCAGGCGCCGGGGGUGGACGCGCAGCGGCUGCAGGCGCUCACGGCACACAUGCUGUCGCGGAUCCCGCAGCUCGCGCUGCAGUUCCAGGCGCAGCACCCGCCGCAGUACCCGCACCAGCCGCUGGCGCAGGACGCAGCGGCGGGGCAGGCGUACAACGCGGCGCCGGACCCCGCACACCACCCGCCGCAGCAGGGCCUCCUCAACAUCCCGCCCGAGCAGCUGCAGCUGCUGCUGGCGUCGCUGCUGCAGGUGGCACAGACGCAGCAGCAUCACCACCACCACCAGCAGCAGCAGCCGCCGGUGCAGCCGCAGCAGCAGCAGCAGCAGCAGCAGCAGCAGCAGCAGCAGCAGCAGCAGCCACAGCCGCAGCCGCAGCCGCAGGCGUCGCCUCAGCCGCAGCAGCAGUCGCCGGCUCCCGUGCAGCAGCAGGGCAAGCAGACUCCGUCGUCUCCGCAGCCGCCGACGGGCGCCCAAGGACCGUUCGUCGCGCCUCCCAGCGCCCCGCCGCUGGUGCCGCCCAGCCAGCCGCCGCUCGCGCCUUCGUGGUCGAGCCUGACUUCGGUGCUCUGGCUGCUGUCGUCGCUCGCGCAGGUCCAGCGCGCGCAGGCGCACGCGCACCAGCCGCCCCCGCAGCACCACGUCUUCGCACAACCACCAGGACUGUCGUCCCCGCAAACGACGUGGGUGCCGACGGCGCAGCAGCAGCAGCAGCAGUCGAUGCCGCCUCCAGUGCCGCGUCCUGCGCAAGAGCAUCCGCAGCAGCAGCAGCAGGCACCGCAGCCGCAGCAGCCGCAGCCACCGCAGCCGCAGGCCUCAGUGCCCGCGGCGCAGUGGAACGCCAUCCUGCAGGCAAUGCAGCAGGUUCCGGCGUUUGCGCACGGCUCCAGUCCCCCCUCCAUGGCGUCCAUCCCCGCCCUCCUCGCGGCGAUGCAGCUGCAGCAGCAGCAGGCACAGCAGCAGGCGGCGCCGCCGCCCAACCUGCCGCCGCAGCUCGGGCAGGCGCCGCAGGCGCAGCAGGGCCAGAUGCCCCCGCCCGCGCAGCCGCAGCCGGGCCCGCAGGCCGGCGGCGCCCGCGGGCCCGCCAAUGGCCCAGGCAGGCUUCCCAUGGCCAGCGCAGCCGGGCGGGCAGGCAGGCGAGGGCGGCCACAAGCGCCCGCGCGACGAGUCGCCGCAGCUCGAGCCGCUGCCGGCGUGGCCCCGGAGCGGCGGUCAGCACACGUCGCAGCGCACGGCGCGGCAGGGGCGCAACAUGCCAGCCGCGCGCGACGGCGGCGCCGGGCGCGCCGGGGCGGCGCAGAACGGCGCGGACACGCAGGCCACGCGCGGCAGCGGCGCGAACGGCUCUGGCAACGGCAACUCGGGCAACGGCAACGGCGGCUCGGGCAACGGCACGAACAUGAUGGCUGGCACGGGCACCACGCUCACCAACACGGGCACGGGCAGCGGCAACCGCGCGUCGGGCAACGGCAGCGGCAACGGCAGCGGCAACGGCAGCGGGAAGGAGGCGCCGCAGGAGGCCCAGGGCGCGCUGAAGGACGGCGGCGACGCUGCUGCUGGCGCCAAGGCGCUGCAGGCGCGCGAGGCCGCGAAGCUCCCGAACGACCUGUCCGCGGAGAGCGGGAGCACGGAGGCCAGCAACCCGAAUGUCCAGCAGCGCAAGCGCAGCCGCGUGGCGUGAGGCGCUCCCCCCCCUAG